UCACUCACUCUUCGUUACCAUGGUGAGCAGGCGGUCCUGCACAGCGGGACAUCCAAUGGGAGACGACGCUGCUUGUGUCGCCAUGGUGACGGGGCUGUGCCCAGGGAGGUUGUGAUGGGUUGACAGGUGCGUGACAGUCGGAGCUCUCUGCAAGCAUGUACGCCAAAGGCAAGAGUAGCAACGUGCCGUCCGACAGCCAAGCCAGAGAAAAGUUGGCUCUUUACGUGUACGAGUACCUGCUGCAUGUGGGAGCACAGAAGUCAGCACAGACCUUCCUCUCGGAGAUCCGAUGGGAGAAGAACAUCACAUUAGGAGAACCUCCGGGGUUCCUUCACUCGUGGUGGUGUGUCUUCUGGGAUCUUUACUGUGCAGCUCCAGAGAGGAGAGACACAUGUGAACACUCCAGUGAGGCCAAGGCUUUCCACGACUACAGUGCUGCAGCAGCUCCAAGCCCCGUUCUCGGGAGCCUCACCCCAGGAGAGGGCAUGCCAGUGGGGCCUGUUCCUCCAGGAUUCUUUCAGCCAUUCAUGUCACCUCGGUACCCAGGAGGACCCAGACCGCCCCUCAGACUACCAAACCAGGGUCUUGGAGGAGUUCCAGGUAGCCAGCCCAUGCUGCCCUCUGGAAUGGACCCAACAAGACAGCAAGGACAUCCAAACAUGGGAGGUCCCAUGCAGAGGAUGACGCCACCUAGAGGCAUGGUGCCGCUAGGACCCCAGAGCUAUGGAGGAGGAAUGAGGCCACCGCUAAAUGCCCUGGUUGGUCCUGGGAUGCCUGGUAUGAGCAUGGGGCCCGGCGGCGGUAGACCCUGGCCAAAUCCUCCAAACUCCAACUCUACCCCGUACUCUUCAGCAUCUCCAGGAAGCUACGUGGGGCCUCCAGGAGGAGGGGGGGCACCUGGAACUCCAAUAAUGCCAAGUCCUGCAGACUCGACCAACUCCGGAGACAACAUGUACACCAUGAUAAGCACAGUCCCUCCAGGUGGAAGCCGACCAAAUGUGAGAUACUUUUCUCUCCAUUUCCCUAUGGGUGCAGGUAGCGACGGUCCAUUAGGGGGGAUGGCUGGAAUGGAGCCGCACCACAUGAAUGGGUCUUUAGGGUCAAGUGACAUGGACAGUAUUUCCAAGCAGAACUCACCUGGUAACCUAAGUAUGAGCAACCAACCCGGGACACCCAGAGAGGACGGAGAGAUGGGAGGAAACUUCCUUAACCCUUUUCAAAAUGAAAGUUACUCUCCAAACAUGACGAUGAGCGUGUGAAGAUCCUGGAGGCAGCUUUCGGUCAGUCGCUCAGCAAUCUGCUCCUGGAGAAGUUGUGACGAAGCAGAGAGACAUGAUGUGAUGUCAUCCAAGCCAGUGACUCUUCCUCCACCACGGUCGCUGAGGGCGCCAUCCACCCCUCCUCCACCAUUCAUGGUUUCUGCCCGUGUCUCUUUGUCUCCUGUUCCUUCUGAGUGGUGACUCUGCAACAUCCAUCAGUUCUUCCUCCACAACCACCAGACUGUACAAAGGAAACAGACUGAAACAAGCCAGGGUGGAAGUCCUGGUUGUACAUUUGCAUUCAGUGUGUGAGAGACAUCCGACAGAUGUUUCUGCCUUUUGCAUCGUAUCACAAAAUAUUCCCCAAAGUACAAAAUGACAGCAUUAAUUUAUUCACCUAACUGGUCAACACCUUUAGUUGUUUGUUUUCAAACAAAAACAGUUUUGAUGACAGCGAAGUCAUGAGCCGCUCCAUUUGUGUUGUACAGCUCUUGGAGGGUUCCUUCUUGUUAGUUUUUUAAUUUAUGAUGUCUUGGGAAUAGAUUCUAUUCUUUCUCAUCUUUUUCUCAAUUUUGGCAAACAUGUAUUGUUCUUUGUUACCCAGAGAGGUGAAUUACAUUCAGACCAUAUAGUUGUUAUUGUAAAAUCUCCCUUUAAGUCAUUUUAUCUGAUUUCAUUUGGUUAUUAAAGUGAGAAAAGCAGAAAAGUUCGUGCUGGUGAAGGUUUGCACACAUCUGAAUGGCCAACAGACUCAAAGUUUGAUUAUUCAGAAACAGCAAGAGGAAAAAUUCCAUUAGAUUCAAAGUUUUCAGGUCUUCUCGGACUGUUUUUGUGGUGACCCCACUCUAGAACAUUUAGCAAAGGGUCAAAAAACAGAGUUAAUCUAGUUUUUGUUCAGAUAAAACCAGUAUAGAAACAGAAUUUGUUGGUUUCGGUCAUCGUAGGCCCUCAGGAUGAAGAUGGACGUUUACUAGCUUCUAAAGCACUGGCCGCUCACUCUCAUCCGGCUAAACUGUGAUUUUAGUGGGAUGUAAAAAGUUGGUUGUUACAGAAAACUUGUUUUUAAUCUGUUUAAAAUAGUUUUCCAAACAUAACUGUCAUCAUGUACAAUGGUCAGUAUUCCUGUAAACAUACAACCUCCCCCCUUCAGCGUGUACAGCUCACAAAUGUAGCUCCUCUGUCUUUGUAUGUGUAUUUGAUGUUAUUAUUAUUAUUAUUAUUAUUAUUAUUAUUAUUAUUUGAAUAAACAACAGAAGCAAAUUGCUGUAAAUGGGAGGGAUGGACUGAAAACACCCUCACAGCUGAUCAGAAACAUUUAUUUGUGUUAGACUGAAGCCAUAAGUGGGAGAAAAUACUUUUUUGAAGUAAAUAGAAUUGUUUGUUUUAUUUUUAUUUUGCAGCACUUUGCUUGUGAUGUGUUGAUCAUUUUCUCUUUUUUAUUCUUGUAUUUUGUUUUUGUAAAUAAGCAGAGAAGCUUCCUGGGUUUUGAAUAUACUGGUAUAAAGCUUCUCUUCCAGCCAUCAAUGUGUGUUCUUGGUCUUCACCUCGAGUGUGUUUGCAUCUGUUUAUACAUAAAUACUCAUCAUGAACUGCCUUUUUUACUUGAAA